AUUAUGAAAUUCAUUUUUUGCGCACAAAUUUUUUAUUUAUUUGGUUUUUGCAGUAAAUCGAAAUUUCAGUAUUUCCUCGAGCAUUUAUUAAAUUAAAUCAUUUAGUACGAAUAAUUGUCAUCGAUAUCCUAAGGUAAAAAAUAAAUGUUAUCGAUCACAAAAAUGUUAUUUAAAAUUCAAUUAAUUUUAUACUUAUUGAAACACGUGAAACCAUAUUUACUUCGACAGUAAUAUAUAAUAUUAUUAUAUGUAAGUAAAAAAUCAAUCGUAUGCAUACAUCUAACAGUACACAAAUGUGUAUGCGUGGGUAAUGAGUAUACGUAUUAAGAUUGUAUAUCUAUAUAUGGAUAUCUAGUAAGCUAUGCUAUAUGCCUAAAUACAGAAAAAUGAAACACAACCCGUGUUGAAUCUGUUAUUCGAUGCGGUAUUCGUGCAAGAUCGUUGUAUGUUUUAUUUAUCGGAAAUGUACUUUUAAUUUUUAACUGACACUAUGAACCAACCUCGGAGUAACGGUGCAACAACAUCGACAUCGACAGAAAAUUGUGAAAGUUUAUUUAUCUUGACCUAGACUACUUCUUGCAUCAUAAAUCUAUAUUUCAUUUUUAUAUCCACUUUGUUCAUUUUACUGAACAUUUUCUAAAUUCCUAUAAUUUUUAAAAUUUUUUUAACAAAAAAAUUUUCGUGUACUUAAACGCAUCUAGCAACGCAAAUUCAGACAAAAAUUUGCAGAUAUUUUUUAACUAAUACUAAAGUUUAAUUAUAAAGUAAGAUGGUCAAACUUACGGAAGAAAUGGUUGCUGCGCGAACGCGGGUCUCUGAUUGCACUUCUGUGAAAAAACUCAAUUGCUGGGGGACAGAGUUAACUGAUGUCAGCAUUCUACGCAAAAUGCCUAAUGUUGAGGUUCUAUCCUUAAGCGUAAAUAAUAUCAGUAGUCUCGCUGAUUUCCAGAAUUGUGUUGAUUUAAAAGACUUAUUUAUUAGAAAAAAUAAUAUAAAGGAUCUCAACGAAGUAUGUUACUUACAAAGACUUACUAAUUUGAAAAAUUUAUGGCUAGGAGAAAAUCCAUGUGCAGAAGUUGAAGGUUAUCGUUUAUCUGUUUUAAAAACCUUACCAAAUCUAGAAAAAUUGGAUGAUAAAAUUGUUACUCCAGAAGAAGUGCAAACUGCAGCAUCACAAGGAAAAUCAUUGGUCCAUCCUUUAAGUAUGUGUCAAUCAGAAAUUUCUUAUCCCCAGUCUGUUAACAGUUGUAGCGAUAUUGGCUUUUCUAAUUCUAAGAGUUUAAAAAACCAAGAUGUAGACCAAGGAAAAAAUUAUAGUUCUUCAGAAGAACAGAGAAGUUAUAACAGUUCUCCUCAAAUUGAUGAUUACCAAGAAGUUGAUAAGAAAAAUGCAAAUUUCAAUACUUCAUUAUCUCAACAAUAUUCUUCAAACAAUCAUUAUUUUUAUGAGGAUAAAAAUCAAAGUAUUGAAUCUCCAAAAAGUAGAGACAGUGAAGAAAUUAAUAAAAAAUCUUAUAUUACUGAAACAUCAAAAACACAUCAUGCUUCUAAUGAGUAUGCAUAUGAGAAAAAUGUUGAAGGUGAAGAAUCACCAAGACCAUCAUCAGCUCAAUCAAAGCAAAAUAUAUCUAAUCGAAAAAUAGACAAGGAUGACUUUCUUCAAAUUUGGACACGAAGAGCUGAAAAAGACAAAUGGAGAUCUUCAAAAUUUCAAAAUCAACAAAAACCAGUGACAAGAAACUCAAACAUUUUAUCUGCUGUACUAUGUCUUGUAAAGGAGUUAGAUUAUCCCAGUCUUGAAGUGGUUGAGAUGGCUGUAAGAAGUCGUCUAGAUGAAUUCGAAGAAUAGCAUAUUUGGAUUAGCAUUUAAUGUGCAUUUGCUAAAAUUUUGAGGUAUCAAAUUUUACAAUUCACAAGUUUUGUACUUCAAACUUGCAUGUCAAGUUAAAAAUUUGCUAACUGUGCCUUUGUGUUGUUUAGAUGACAAUCACAAAUUAAAUUUUUCGUACGUUUUUCACAAUGUGCAAUAUUUAAACAAAAAUGUUCUUUU